AUGAUGUCUCCGGACCUAUUAUCUAUUUUAGUCUCCUCAGUCUUGGGACUGGUCUUGGCAAUCCCUUCUAACACUUGUAUUGUGAUGGGUAAUCUGGACAUCAUCAGAAAGAAAGGGAAGUUGAGUCCCUCCGAUGUGAUCUUUCUGGGGAAGGGAAUUGUGAAUAUUCCACUCCAGUGUGUGAUGAGUAUAGAGGGAAUGAUUUUUGUCUUGUGUCCGAAAGUCUGUUAUGUGACAGAAGUACGUGGAUUGUUCAACACAUCAGUCUACUUCCUAACAUAUUACAGCUUCUGGUUGACCUUCUGGCUCUCGGCUCAUUACUGUACCAGCAUCACCAAUCUCAGCUAUGGGUUCUUCAUCUGGAUAAAGAGAAUUGUGUCCAAUUUCCUGAGUCGCCUUCUAUUCCUGACAGCAUUUGGGAUGUUCAUUGUGAGUGUCCCGGCCUUCUGGGCUGUCAAUGCAGAAAGUAUCCCCUCUUCUGAUAACAGCACAGAAGACUCUGGUCACAGGUUCAGUAUGAGACUUUCCCAUGUUGUUCCCAUGACCUUCCUAGGCUGCAUUCUUCCAUUCUGCCUUAGUCUUCUGUGUCUGGUCCUCACUUUCUCCUUUCUGCUCAGACACGUCUGGAGGGUGAAGAAUAACGACUCGGGAUCAACACGUCCAAAUCUUCAGGCUCAUGUCAAGGCACUGAGGACAAUCUUCUUCUUACUUCUCAUGUCCACAUUCUUCUGCGUGUCUCGAGUACUUAUGUUUUUUAGAAAUCCCACAAAGUUCAUUGAGUUAAUGCUUACCAUCAAUUUGAGCUUACGACUAUUGUCUCCAUCGGUGGAGGCCGCCGUCAUCUUCCAGGCCAGCAACAAGCUGAGAAGGAUCAUUCUGAGAAGAUUCUGGAUAAAAAGCCUGAGGAACACAGAGACUUAA